AGGAAACAGAGGAGUAACGGUAUUGAAGCGCUUUCUCUUGGUUCGGUUCAGUAUCGUUCUGAAACAAUGAACAACGCUGGACUUUAACUCUUGGGUUACAACUCACAGUGAAGAAUGCAAGGUGCUAUUACGCGGGUUUGCAUGGUGGUAGUAGCCGCUAUCCUCAACCACCCGCUGCUCUUCCCUAAUGAGAACACCACCAUCCCUGAGGAAGAUGAUGAGCUCCUGACCCGGAUGAAGGAGCACCAGGAGAAGCUGGAGGCCGAACAGAAGCGCCUGGAACAGGAGAUCUCUCAAACAGAAACAGCUCUGAUUGGUGAUCAGGACAGUUACAGUUGGUACUUUUGGAGCGCUCUCUGCCUAGUCAUUUUCUUCACAAUUGAGGUGUGCAGGCAGGAUAUGAUCCCUACUGAAAUGCCAGACCCCAUGGAAGAUGAAGUUGGAGAUCCCAGUGCCGAAUAUCUCAGCGCUAAGACUGUAGUCCUAGAUAAAGGUGUCCUAAGUAACUUCUGCAAGACCCGCUUCCAUCCUUUCAUCCACGAGAGUGGGAGAGUGCAAGAGUUUAUCGAGGGCUUUGCAGAUGAUCUGCUUGAGGCUUUGAGAAGUGUUUGCGAUCGAGACUCUGACCUGGAAGUCGAGGACUUUGUUGGAAUAGGCAGUAUGUUUGAGUCCUGGAGAGCGUCUAAACCUCCUACAUGUGACCUCAUUGUGCCUUUUGCUCCUCCACGGCCAUUCAGGUUCCAGUUUCAGCUCUGGUGCGACCCGUCCACUGAAAUCCCACUGGACUUGCAAGGAUGUGGAAGGAUUAAACUAAUAAAACCAGGUGGGAAUGGCACAGACUGUCUUUGUGCCUCAACCAAUCUCGGUGAUGAUAUGCUUUGUCUGCUUCACAACAGAAAUGAGUGUGAAAAGCUUGAGGAUCACACUUUGGUGGAGCUCCUCUGUGCAAAAAACACCUCAUAUUUGUCGAAAGAUCAGAUCAUGACAUGGUUCCAGAUCUCGGUGAGCAAAGCAUGGGGCCAGAUCUCUCAUAAAUACGAUUUUGAGCUGGGGUUUCGGAACCUGGACUUCCCUGGAGCCCUGAAAAUCAGAUUUAGAUCUGGAAAGACUGUCGUUCUUAACGUUACCCCUGCUGUUCAGUUUGAGGACACGGCUGCUUACCUCAUCUCUCAUUUCCCAUCUGACAUUAGCAACUCCUCAGACACUCACUGGAAACUCUCACUAACUGUUUAUGAAAAGAACCUGCUUAAACAUCUAGCAAAACAACUUCCUACAAAUUCGUGUCAUGUUCACUGUCUUCAGAUAGUUUCUUUCUUGCACAAAAAACAGACAGCUUUGACUGGGAGAAGCGCCUUUUCUAAUUACCAUAUAAAGACGGCGCUUUUGCAUCUGUUGUUGAGUAAACGUCCUGCGACGUGGCAACCACAGAAUCUCGAUCACAGAUUACGAGAUCUACUCGGCUUCCUUCAGCAAAGCAUGGAGGAAAAGAGACUCUAUCACAUUGUUGUCGGGAACCCUCGCAUCCCGUCUGAAAUUCUGGUUCCCAAAAUAAUCCGUACUGCAGAGCCGAUAAACCUGUUUAGGCCUCUUGUGUUGCAGAGGCAUGUAUAUGCCAAAAUGGAAGAGCAUUUUCAAGAGAUGGUCAGAAAUACCUCUGUGCUUGUUCAAGAAUAUACCCCACACUUGUCUAACGGUUAUGUGAGACAUUAGCUUAGCAGACCAGACGUAGACUUACUCACCGACCUCACUUUGAGUGCAGGGGAUUUCUACAGACUAAUUACAUAAUGACGUUUUGCACCUUAAAUGUAAACGACAUGUUUAGCACUGACUGUUACUGAUGCUAUGAUGAUAUUUGGGUGUUUCUUCAACUAUGGGCAUUUUUUUUCUAAUGCU